AUGUCUGAAUUAGAAGCCUAAUGCGUUCGAAUGGUUAAAUUUGGAUAAAGCAAUAUUGAAAAAACCAUUUAAUUCUUUGACAAUAAACUAUUAGAUUCAAUAAUCAAUGAUUAUUCAAAGAUGGAGUUAAACCUCCUCUAAACUUCUAAUGUAUCAAAUAUCUUGAAUCUUUAAGAGUUUGAACAAAUCUUUAAUUGAAGCCGAAUCUACAAAUACUAAACUUAAACAAUUCGUUACCUUGCUAAGCAAAUAAGGUUAAACUUGAAGU